AGCAGCAAUUCCAGCGAGCGCAAGACAUUUAUGAAAACAAUGGGUAUCCACCAAUUGACAACAGGCCAUUAAAUAAUGGGAGAAGUUUAGGGUAUUCACAGAAGCCAGAACCUCUACAAGAUUACAGCAGAACUUCACCUAAAUAUUCCACACCACCUUUAGAAGUGUAUCCACCGUCGUCUGGAAAACAGCCGCAUCAAGAAAAAAUACAGCAUGUCAUUGCGGAACCUUUAGUUACAAAUUUUGGCCAGCAAGAAAUGCAACCACAAUAUAACACUCAACAUCAAUAUAAUCCAGAUUAUUCAAAUUAUCAAAAUCAAAAUUAUAAUUUGCAAAUGCAGGCACCUUUAUAUAAUCCCCAGAUGCCAACUCCAAUGUCUUAUGGUCACGAACUACCAUCCGAGCCCUCUUAUAAUUAUCAUCUUCCACCAUCAUAUAAUUUAAAUCAAACACAACCAUAUUCACAUUCUGCAUACACAUCAAACG